AUGGCUCGAUUUCCCCACGACACCGAUCUAUCCUGUGCCCUCCUCACACCCUGUAGCGGCAGCAGGGAGCGCCUGUGGACGCCACCGGCCGACUCCCGCAUCACCUCGCACCGCUCCAUACCCAUCGUGGCCAGUCAGGGCCCCGAGCCGCCCAACCCGCUGGUGGUGGAGAGGUUCCAGCAAGUCAUCUCCCAGCUCUUCCAGCAGCGUAUUGUGAGGCUGGGCGGCGCGGUGGACGAUGACAUGGCCAACCUGGUGGUGGCCCAGCUCCUGUAUCUGGACAGCGUGGACCCCAACCACGAUGUCACCCUUUACGUAAACUCUCCCGGCGGCUCCGUCACCGCGGGCAUGGCGGUGUUCGACACCAUGCGACAUGUCCGCCCCGACGUCUCCACGGUCUGCGUGGGCCUGGCCGCCUCCAUGGGCGCCUUCCUGUUGGCCGCCGGCCAGACGGGGAAGCGCUACUCCCUCCCAAACUCCCGCAUCAUGAUUCAUCAGCCCCUGGGAGGGGCCCAGGGGCAGGCAGCCGACAUUGAGAUCCAGGCCAAUGAGAUCCUGCACCACAAGCUGACGCUCAAUGGGUACCUGGCGGAAUUCACGGGGCAGAGCAUGGAGACCAUCACCGCUGACACGGAUCGCGAUUUCUUUAUGGGCGCGCAGGAGGCCGUGGAGUAUGGUCUGGUGGAUGCCGUUGUUAAUCGGCAGGUCCUGGCCCUCGGCUGA